UACAUGCAGAGACUGACAGCGCUCUUUGUCUUGACUUAGUUUACGUUGGUAGCUAGCUGGCUAACUUAGCUAGUUAGACAACGUUCCUUAUAAAAACAUGUCUAAAAUAGAGUACUUGAGAGUGUUUCUCAACCAGAAAUUGAUAGCGGCAGCUGAGGAGAUAUUUGGUGUCGUUGAAGAAACGAUAACAGAGUACCAGGAAGAGGUUUCUCACACAAAGGAGGAGAACAGGCGUCUACGGAGCAUGCUGGAUAUUCGUUCUAAGCCACAGAUCAAGUUACAUAGACGAGCAGACCUCCAGCAGCUCCCUGUCACCGUGUCUGAUGAGGUGGUUUCCCCUGAGCAGCAGGAGUGGAUCCCCAGUCUGGGGCAGAAGGACCCAGAACCCACACGGAUGAAAGAGGAACGGGAUGAACCAAGGACCAGUCAGGAGGAUGAGAAUCAUUUCAAUGAGUUUAUCAAUUCUUACGGCUGUGUAUCAAGUGGCUAUUAUCAGGACCCAACUCAGUCCUCACAUGGAGAGAGAUACUCUCUACCCAGCACCUCAACUGAACAGAUCAAAACAGAACCUUAUGUAGAAGACUAUGGUGUAUCAGAACCAACCAGAGAGCCUCAGCCCUUCUCUGCAGUAGAUACAGAGUGUUCUGCAGCUCAGAGUGAAAACAGAGGACAUAUUGACAGGAUGGAGUGUGGAGGACCUCUAUCAGGUCUAAUGUUAAAGCCACUCAAAUCAAAGAGAACAAAGACCGUAAAAGGACAAAGUUCUCAUAGUGUUAAGGACAGGAAAUUGAACCAUCUAAAAUCACACUCGAGACCCAGUGUAAGCUGGGAUGCUGCUCCUAGUUGUAAGGUAUGUGGAAAGCAAUUUGACUCCAUGGCGUCUUUAUUAAAUCAUGUGCAAUCGCACACACAGGAUAAAGAACAUCUUUGUGGUGUGUGUGGAAAAUUCUGUCAGUCCACAGAAAGUAUGAUGGAUCACCUACAAACUCACAUUGGAGCGAAGUGUUGUCAUAUUUGUGGUAAAUAUUUUGCUUGGGAUACUUUCCUGAAAAGGCAUUUGAGGAGUCAUACAGGGGAGAAGCCGUUUCACUGUCAAGAUUGUGGCAAAGGAUUUACUCAGCGUGGACACCUAAACUUACAUAUGAGGAGCCACACAGGGGAGAAACCACAUCAAUGCCAGGAUUGUGGCAAAGGAUUCAGUCAGAGUGGAAACCUGGCUGUGCAUAUGAAGAGCCACUCUGGGGAGAAACCACAUCGCUGCCCUGUUUGUGGCAAAUGUUUCAGCAGAAACCCUGAUCUGACAGUCCACAUCAGGACUCAUACAGGAGUGGAACCAAAUAAGGGCAGUAUUGUGGCCAAGGAUUCAAGCAGAAUUAUCACCUGAAACUACACAUGAAGAUCCACAUGGGAAAACCCACAUCAUUGCCAUCUUUGUGACAUGUAUUUCAGCACUAGCACCCAGUCAACCUGGCAUGAGAUUUCACAUGGAAGAGAAGACUUCACUGCAGUAACUGGCAGAGGCUUUGCAUAGACUGGACGUUUGGGAGGACAUAUAAUGACAAUGCACAGAAUACUUUAGUGUAGAAAAUACUGACUGUAGACCUUGUUUGUGAUACAUGUUUCACUCAGCCGCUUUAUUGAGGAAAGUUUUUACAUGCAGUGACUGUUAAUAUGUGGUUGUUUUACCUGUUUUGAAUCCACUGACUGUAAGUUGCUCUGGGUAAGAGUGUCAACCACAUGACCAAAAUGUAAAUGCAAGAACGGUACUCCAACAGUCCAUUUAAACACAGGAGAGAAGCCAUAUACUUGUGUUAUUCAAAUGGAUGAAAUCCCCUAGAAGGUCUGAGAACAUUCACAAGAGGGAGAAACGCAAAUAACAACCUGAUGAAAAUCCUCCUGACAACAUGGCAGUUGUCCCCUGUGUAGAGAGAGUCUUUCAGACAAUACAAGAAGUGCAUUAAACAUGUAGUUCUCUGAGUUCUUUAUUCCUCUGAAAUGCAUCACUCCUCUCCUCUUCCUUUAAUUAAUUGCAGACAUGAGAAUGUUGGAUUAGUGAUAGCAGUAUAGUGUAUUAUAUUUUUGGUACACUUUAGUGAUCUAGGGAGGCAAUGAUUGAUCUAAACUUCAGAUUUGCACCAGUAGUGCUGUAGCAGUGCCACCAGCUCUGCAGUCUAC